AGUGAGUUGCCCUUUCCUCCGGCGGGGAUUGCCAGCGCCUCACCUCCUCGUUAACUCAAUCUAAAAGUAGUUCGAGCAUCAUUACCUCCCACCUUGUUGCCUGGCCCGCCUCAUUCCGCAUGAUUAGUCGCCCGUUUGCAAUCCUCGCGUCUAAUUGGUCGUCGGCCGGGUCGUUCCCUGAGGCAACUAAUCAUUCCGAGACAUUAAAGAUCUAUAGACCUGUUAUGAGGAUCUUUUCCCGUCUAACAAGAAGCUUCCUUACUCGUAUUUGUUUGAAACAUUAUGGUAUUUGCGUCGUUAUCAUUCGGUAUCUAUCAUAUCAUCCUGUUAACUUGAGCAGAUUACCUUUCAAUUUGCGCAAAUCUAAACCGGAACGCAUUGGAUUUCGGGCUCUUGUCUAUACAAAAGCAUACACUCCCCAGAUAAGCAGCACCAACACAGGCCCCGCCUCCUCCCUUAUAAGAGGCUGCAGUGCCUCCGUGACCAUCACAAGCUGUUUUCUUUCAGGCAGAGAUCCAUCGGCCACUGCUGCUGCUGUUGCCGUUGUUGUUGCUGCCACCGAUGCCCGCCAUGGAUCAAUCCCUAGCGGUGCCGUCCGAGGUGCGGGUGACGCGCCCCACCCUCACUGUGCCCCGCCGCUCCCACCUGUACGACUACUGCCCCGAGGAACGCCCAGGUCUGCGGAAGAGGCUACAGAAGCGGGCGCAGGCGUGUGGCAGGUGCUCCCGCGGGCGUGUGUGGGGGACGGUGAAGAGCCGUCUGCCCAUCCUCGACUGGCUCUUCAAGUACAAUCCCCGCCAGGCCUUCCUUGGGGACCUCAUCGCCGGCCUCACCGUCGGCGUGAUGAGCAUCCCGCAAGGGAUGGGCUACGCCUUAAUGGCCGACCUGCCCCCCAUUACGGGCAUCUACGCCAGCAUCGUCUCCUCGCUGAUCUACAUGUUCCUGGGCUCGUCAAGCCACGUCUCCCUCGGGAUGGUGGCGUCCAUGUGCAUGCUGACUGGGAAGGUGGUGGCGGACCUGGCCACCCUCGACGCUCCGCCCACAGCCAACGCCACGGACUUCUACUCCACCUCCACCGCACCGCAGAGCCCCGAGGACUUCACUACUUAUCACUUCAGCGACUACGCCGACUUAAACAUCACCGCCAACCCGACCUACAGCCCCAUCCAGGUGGCUUCAGCGCUGGCCAUCAUCGCUGGGAUGUGGCAGGUGAUGAUGGGCGUGUUCCAGCUCGGGGAGGUGUUCACUAUCCUGCUCUCAGAAAUGGUCAUCUCGGGCUUCACCACCAGCGUCGCUUUCCAUGUCCUCACCUCUCAGGCCAAGAACUUGCUGGGCAUCACUGUGCCCCGCUACUCCGGCCCCUUCAAGGCCUUCUACACAUACCGAGACCUGUUCAAGAAUCUGUUAAACGCCAACCCGGCGGCGCUGGUGGUGUCGGCGAUCUGCAUGGUGGUGCUGGUUGUCAACAACGAGGUGAUCAAGCCCAAGAUGCGGAAGGUGAGCCGCAUCCCCCUGCCCAUCGAGCUGCUGGUGGUGGGCUUGGGCACGCUGGCCGGCUACCUGCUCAACAUGAAGGACAACAAUAACAUUGCGGUCAUCGGCCACGUGCCCAAAGGGUUCCCCAAGCCGUCCAUGCCCCUCCUCGAGCUGGCCCCAAGCAUGCUUCUGGACGCCUUCCUCGUCGCGUUGAUCGGCUACACCUUGGCGAUUUCCAUGACAAAGAUCAUCGCCAAGAAAAAAGGCUACACGAUCGACCCCACCCAGGAGAUGUACGCCCAGGGCUUCAUCAACUUGUUCGGGUCGUUCUUCUCCUGCGCACCCAUGUCCGUGUCGCUGUCAAGGUCGAUGGUUCAGGAGGCGGCGGGCGGCGUCACCAACAUCACCAACUUCUUCACCAGCGGCUUCCUGAUCGCAGUGCUCUACUCCAUUGGGCCACUCUUUGAGUCGCUCCCCAACUGUGUGCUGUCCUGCAUCAUCUUGGUGGCGCUCAAGGGACUAUUCCUGCAAGUGCACGACCUGUUCAGGCUGUGGUCGUCCUCUCGCCCGGACGCCGUCAUCUGGCUGGUGAGCUGCCUCAUGUCCAUGGUGGUGGACCUGGACUACGGGCUGCUGGCGGGCGUGGUCACCUCCCUGAUGGUGCUGCUGCUUCGCGCCCAACGGCCGCCCACUGCAAACCUCGGACACGUGCCCUCAACCGACCUCUACCUUGACCUGGACAGGUACCACAAGGCGGUGGCGGUGCCCGGCGUAAAGAUCUUCCAGUUCGGCGGGCCACUCCACUUCGGCAACGCCCCUUACUUCCGCUCCAGCCUCUUCUCCACAACGGGCCUUGACCUCGACGCCCUCAAGGCUACUAACACUUCCUCCCCCAAGACGGAGGAGCCGCCUACUGACGCUUCCCUGUACAAGGUGGAAAAAGAAAUGGUUGUCGUUAUAAUCGGGCCUGAAUUGAAGACUACACCGCCCAGCAAGAGCGAUGCACCGAAAGACUACGACAGUCAAGAGGAUGUCGGCAUAUACGGCAGCAAUAAGGAUAUGAGCGAAGGGGGGAGCAACAGGGACGACAGCGAUCACGAUGACGUCAGUCACUACGAUACAGACAUGACAGUGGUUGACGCAGUCAACACCUUCCCCUCCUGCUCCAGACUCACGGACACAGAAGGGACGCUGGUGGCCAACAGUGGCGCCGCCAAGGAGUCCACCUGCAUCACGCUGCCGGUGCCCCGCUGGCUGGUGCUCGACUUUACCCUCGUCAGCCAGAGACUCGGCGGGCGCCGCCGUCCUGAAGCAGCUGCACCGCGACCUCCAGAUCGCCGGGGUCAAGCUGUGCCUCGCCUCAGCCUCAGACAGGGUACUGCAAGCCCUUGAAAAGUGCGGCGUCCUGCAGGAGAUCACCAGUGACCUGAUCUUCCACUCCAUACAUGACGCAGUGGCAGUCAUCACCUGCACCAAGGCUCACCAGGCCAAGGAUGACCUGCAAAAGUCAUAGUCGACGCUAAACACGGACAAUAACAGCCGCAACAGCACCACCAAUAGAGACAAGAGCCGCCCGACGCGUGCUCGCCGCGUAUAUAGCUGCAGGGGUGCUGGUCGCUGGACAAUGCUCACCCGGAUCCUGGCUGAUCCCCCUCCCUCCCACUUCGCCGAAGGUCUCCUCGGGGCCGCACAGUCUCCCGAUAACUCAUCUGGAGCUCGUCGUCACUCUACAAUAACUUAUUCACCCUCAUUUACUUGGCUUUUUCCUGGGUACAAACAGCCCACACGAGUAUCGGCCAGCGCCGCCUGUCUAACGUGGAUUUACUCUUCAAUAUACUUUUAAACCUUUCAGAGCAUCCACUGACCCGUCGUGUUGUUUGCAUCGCCGUGAACAUUUAUUGAGACCACUGUGUAACACUGCUAACCCACCAGCCUUCUUUAUACAGGAGCGUAAUGUAGUGCGAGAGAAUAAAACUUCGCCAUAAUUUCAUGUAUAUACAUAGAUGCACUAAGGCUAUUAGAGCAAAGUGACCAGGAAAAAUGUAAAUGGAAGGCAGUUUUUUAUAUUUUAAGUGGAAUGUAACGGGCUUGUCGGGGGGCGUUUAAAGGGUGUUGAUUAAGACUUCAGCUUCCUUAAGGCGAAUUAUAUUCGUAGCCUUUAUGUACAAGAAGCGACGGAGCGAGAGCGACUGUCGUUGUGUGUCAGUCGGACUCUCGUGAAGGAGUGGCGAGUUACAGGUUGGAAAAUAAUUGUUACAAUUGGUCACGUAUGUUAAGGUGACCUCCGCGCACCAUCGGAGUGCGAAGUAUAUAAAACUGAGACGGUAAACACUGACGGACGACAUUCCUAUAAGGUGGCGUGAUCUGUCUGUCGUGGGUUUUUCCAUUGACAAUUGUAUGCCUAAU